GACAUGGCGCAGUGUUAAAAGGUUUUAAUUGAUUGUUUGCUGAAGCUAAAAUUCACUUAUUGCCUCAACGUUCUUGAUAAGCUUAUGAAUGCGUGGUUCAAACAAGUACACAACAUUACGCUUGUCUCGGGAACACUCGACCAGCCAAAUGUCGCUAAAAAAUCCAAGCAGCCAGAAAGGAGGCAACUUGUCGAACAAUGCUAGAGCAUUUUCGAUCGCGUCCCUCGUCCAUGAAGAAGAAUUCGGGACAAGGCCUGGUGAGAAAAGUCUGAUAUCUGAAAGAGAAAGAGACCACUCACCGGUCCCACGAAAGAAGCUCAAAACUUUAAAACCAAAUGCCAUAUUGGAAGGCAAGGAACUUUGGAACUGCUUCUAUCGCCUAGGUACAGAAAUGAUAAUCACCAAGACAGGAAGGCGAAUGUUCCCGACCGUCCGUGUAUCCUUCGUGGAUCUUGAACCAGAUACCAAGUAUGCAGUGUCGUUGGAUAUCGUGCCUCUAGACUCCAAACGGCACAGGUAUUCUUAUGCGGACUCCGCCUGGUUCGUUGCAGGAGAAGCCGAUGCUGCGCCCCCUAAAGUAACGUGCGUUCACCCUGACUCGCCAUUCACAGGGAAGCAGCUGGAAAGACAAGUGCUCUCAUUCGAGAAAGUCAAGUUAACGAACAACCGGGAUGACAAGCGAGGAAAUAUCAUUUUAAACUCCAUGCAUAAAUAUCAACCAAGAAUUCAUUUGGUCAAGGAUCCUUCAGACGAAAAUAUUCACAAAACAGACUUCACCGGAGCAAAGACCUUUGUGUUUCCAGAAACGACAUUCAUGGCGGUCACUUCGUAUCAGAAUCACCUCAUAACACGACUCAAGAUUUACAGUAACCCGUUUGCUAAAGGAUUCAGGGACUCGAUUAGAUUUUUAGGCAACACGGAAAGAGAGAGCUAUUUGAUGUCAAACGGCAUUCAGGCGUAUGAAAAUGAAGAUGGUGCAUGCUUUCUUUCAAGUGGAGCGCUGACCUAUGACUCAAGAGAAUUGUUUAGUGAUGAAAUUUACCAAGUGUCAGCCCCUGCUCAGUGGGGAUCAUGGGAAGACCUCUCGUACUGUCGCUCAAGCAACAGUUGCUACCCUCACUCCAUCCAAUGCGCAAGCCCAAGUGAUGUCUACAACAGAGGGCAUGCGUGGUGGCGGUACUCCAUCUCGCAUUCAGAAGAUGGGGUUUUGAUUAAUUACUAAGUGAAGUUCAUCAUAGUGCUCGGUCACUUUUGCUUUAGAAGAGGACAGGGGAGGAGGGGCUGGUUAUUUUAAAUUUUGCCAGAUGGGAGUUUAUGCUUAUUCAAAGGCGCGUAAGGGAAGGUAUUCGAAGGAAAACGUGCAAGGGAGGGCACUCAUUGGAGGAUAUCUGGUAAAUUAUUUUACUGUUAUUAAUCAAACCAAAAAAAUAAUGUCACUAGUUAAUGUUGUUUCUCCAAAUCAGGAGAUACUUGCAAAUGUAUUUAUUUAUAAAAUUAAUUUUAGUUGCAUUUUUAAGUGGUCAUAUAUCACGUAAUGUUGGGUUACCAUCAAUACCAUGAACGCUCUGAUAAAUGGGAAUAUUUGUGGUUUUUGAUGAAGUAAUCGGUGCACUUAAACAACCUAUCAUUAUGGUGUCCAUUAACCAGCAGCGCUGGACGCCAUGUUAGCUGUUAUUGGGCAAUAAACGCACGGUUACAUUUGACGGGGAAAUUGGAAAUCAAUCGCUUCGGCUUCAUGUUUAGUGUUAGGUUAUUGAAUUUACGAAAUUUUGGUUCACUUAUGGUCCAUGAAGUAGUGCCUGAUGUGCAUCUACUAGAGGUACUUUGUUAAGUUUUUGUUUUCUUAAAAACAACGAUGGCAAACCUCGUCAUAGUCAGUUCUUUGGUUUCUAAUAAGUUACAAGUUUCUCACAAGUUUGUACUAGCGUUAUUUUACCUUUUAACUCUCGGAAGUGAUUAACAUGUAACUUCUCUCUAUAAUAUCCAUACGUUACCCACGAAACAGGUAAUGAGAAUACUCAAACUUAUCAGGUGGAAGUUUUUAUCUGGAACUAACAUCAAACUCUCGAAACUAAUUUAGAAGGAAAUGUGUAGCAGCAAGAGGGGGUAUAAUCCAUUUUGAAUUGCCUCUACUUGAAAGCGAGUUCUGGCGCUCACCUUUCAUAUGAUUAUAAGUUUUCAUUCACAUGCAAAUCAUUUUCAUACCAAUGGUUGGGCACCAGGCCUCGUUUUCAAAAAGAGGCCAAAGGUAACUUGGGAAUGGCCGAUGAACAAUCAGUUGUUGGGAGCUAAGGGUUUAUUAUGCACAUUGAAUGACACCAACUAAUUUGAUAUCAUGGACUUAUUGGUCACUCUGGUUAUUUCUUCACACCGAUUUAAGAAAAGCAAAAAAAUGUAAGAGUUAAUAUGAAUUGUUUUGUUUUGUUUUUCGACAUUUACAAAAUUUAAUGGAUGUAAGAUACCAAGUUAUGAAAAAUAAUAACAAUGUAUAGUGAAAAUUAAAUACAAUUACUCAAAGUUAUGAAUUAUAGAGUAGUCCAGAAAUAAACAUGCUUUCUUUAACUGAUAA